CUUUAUGCCAUUGUUCUUCUCGUGUCUGUGGCUGGAGUGAUGGGUGGUUAUCUGAGCGGAUAUGGUUACGGUUACCCUAGCUACGGUAACUAUGGUUACGGCUAUCCUAGCUACGGAUUUGAUUAUGAAUAUGGAGGAUUUGGUCAGAGUUAUGGUGGCUAUGACUAUGGUUACCCAUAUUACGGAUAUGGCCGUGGUUAUGGGUACAGGAACUACGGAUAUGGACAUCGUCUUAGCUAUGGACAUGGUUUUGGAUAUCCUAUCUAUGAGUACUGA